CAUCUUAUUCGGAUCCUACCGGGCGGCGGUAAGGAUGAGUUUGUCACUAAUACAAGGCUACUCCUCGGCGGAAGAAGAUGAAGAACAACAACAACAAGAACUUCACUACGAUAAGUCUUCCUCCGAAGAGGAAAACGACGACGUUCCACAGAAUCGUUACAAACCCUUUUUAAUUAACCCUAACCCUUCUUCAUCUUCCUCCCUUCCCUCCGCUCUCGACGCCUUUUCCGAAAUUUCAGGGCCGCCGGAGUUUUUGAACAACAGUGUUGAAGAAGGUGGAAAGGAGGUGGAUGGACAGCGACAGGGUCGUCGUAAGUACAGCAGAAACAAAAAUGAUUUACCAGCUGGGGCUGUAGUGGAGUCAAAGGCUCAGUUAGUAGGGAUCCAUGAGAGGGUGAGAAGCGAUGUUGGCGGAGGCAUCCCAAAGACAGCCACUGGUCAAGCAAAUGCUUCUGUUGGCACUGUACAAGGAGGCAAACCUAUGGCAACUGCGAGCUAUCCUGGUGCAGAAGAUGCAGCAGAGCUUCUUAGGAUGUGCUUGAGGUGUGGAAUUCCCAAAACAUACACGCACACAAGAGGGAUGGUGUGCCCAGCGUGCAGUGAUCGCCCUGUAAACUCUGAUGAAGAGUCAGUCAAGAAGAAGGGGUCUACCGUCAAAGACAAGGAGAAGAAUAAGAGGAUGAAGGGGCAGUCAUCCCAUGCAACAUGGAAAAGUGAGACAGAAAUGCAUCUCCGCCAACAAUUUGAUUAGUCAAGUCGUUGAUCCAAUUAUAUGUAGGUCCUCCUGUAGCACAAUUGAUCAAUUCUGUAUUAUAGCAGCUCUACCAGCUGAAGUGAAUCUGGGAAUUAUGCGGUAAUCUUUCAGCUACCUGUGAUGUAGAUUUUGGCCGGCUUUAAAGCUAAGGUGCCAACACUUUGUUCUUUCACCUCUUUGUCCCUUUUUUUCAAGAUGUUUCAACAGAAAUUUGUUUUUUGGUACUUCUUGUUUGGAAUAAGUCGUGCAGUCAA